AUGCAAUACGUAGAACCACCCCCUCAACAGAUGGUGAUGAUGAGUGGCUACGGUUGUGGAUAUGGGCGGAGUGAUGCCAUAUCUCCUGCUUCAGAUCUCUCGUCAUGCAGCAGUGCUUCAUCAGGCGCCUGGUGUGGCUCGACAUGGCGGGAGUUACCACCCUAUCCGCAAUACCCAGCCUACUGGCCCACGACAACUACCACGGAAGAAACUCGGGAGCUUCAACGCAGAUGUGCUAAAUGCCGCUGCCCCAACUGCCUGACUGAGGCCGCUGGAUUUGGCCCAAACUACGGAAAGGAUGGAGCGAAGCGAGAACACGUGUGCCAUGUACCCGGAUGUGGAAAAGUGUACGGAAAAACUUCGCACCUUAAGGCCCAUCUGCGCUGGCAUACUGGAGAGAGACCGUUUGUGUGCAACUGGUUAUUCUGUGGAAAGAGAUUCACUCGUUCUGAUGAGCUUCAACGUCAUCUCCGAACUCAUACUGGGGAAAAGAGGUUCUCGUGUCAGUUAUGCUCUAAGCGGUUUAUGCGCUCCGAUCACCUCGCGAAACAUGUGAAGACCCACGCCAAUGGGUCCAAGAAGGCAAAGAAGACAAAAGAAGAAGAGAAAGUGGAGAUGACAAAACCAGAAAAUAAAAGUGAAGCAGUGAGUGAAUUGGGCAGUGUUAACUGUGGUACGGUGCCGAUGGUGAGCCCACCUAAGCCGAUGUUGAACUAUGCAGCACCAGCUCCCAUCAACACGACUAACUACCACAGUGGGCCUGUAUUGGGAAGUGGGGUUGUUUAUGGAAAUGGAUGGUGUUCGGAUGUACGGCAAGAUUCGUUGUAUGCUCGUUCGACACCCAGAGACCCGCGUUUCUACCAGCAGUACGCACCAAUAAGUGCUUACCAGUGUGCCUCGAAGGAUAAUUAUUCAAUGUUUCAGGGGCAUUACAGCCUACAGCCUUCAGUUGCCAUCGGACAGUGA